AACCUAACUUGCUUUCAGCUUGUCCUGUUGUUGGUUGUUUCAUUCAGUUCACUUUAGGAUAUCUGUUGAAAUGGGCCGGAAAUGUAGCGUUGAGGGCUGCUUAUCGGACUCCGGCAGACAAGAAGAUAUUGGUGUGACAUUCCAUAAAGUUCCACCUCAUUCUGAUGUCAGACCCAAGUGGAUGUCUCUAUGCAGAAUUCCUGAUGACAAGAAAUUGACUAAAGUUAUAUACAUAUGUUCAAGGCACUUCCUAAGGGCAGAUUUCUGCAAUUUCAAAGGCAAAAAGUAUAUGUUGAGACAAGGUGUCUUACCCAGUGUAUUUCCUUGGGAUAAAUCAAAAUUAGAGGCUAUCAAAGCUGAGGCUAAAAAAGAAAAACACUCAGAUGUGAAAGAUGAGGUGGACACCAGUUUCAUUAAAAAUGAGAAUGCUGAGAGUUCUAUGGAAUUUAAGGAAGAGCCACUUGAUAAUAUUGAUAUUGAGAGUCAAAUACCUCAUUGUGAAAUAAAAGUGGAAUCUAAAGAAAAACUAGAUGGGUUGGAAAAGAACAAACUUGGUGGAAAAUCCUCCACACCAAUCAAUUUUGUUAUAAACACAAGAAUUGAAGCUUUGGACUUCAACAAUGACUGGUUCCCAGCUAAAAUUGUGGAAGUGGAUUAUGAAGAAAAUGAGGUGCUUAUUCAUUUUGAAAAGUUUUCUAGCAAAUAUGAUGAAUGGAUUUCCAUGAAUAGUUCUCGUUUGAGACCAAUACAAGCUAGCUCUAGAAAGAUGGGUCCCACAGAGAAGUAUCUUGUUGGUGAAAGAUGUCUAGCUGCUUGGAGUGAUUCUCGCAAGUUUCCUGCUACUAUUACAAAAGUUAUGGAAAAUGAUAUUUACGAAGUACUGUUUGACGAUGGUUUUGUCAAAACCUUGAAAGCACAUCGCAUAAGCAAGUCUCAAGGUAAGGUCUUGCAAUCUUCUCCUUUAUUUGAUCCCGUCAAAGGUAGCAAGCAAGAUCGUAGAGAAAAGAAACGUAAGAUCAACGUGUCCGCACUAUUUAGGAAAAGAGUUAAGCUAGACCACUCAGGAGAAAAACCGAAGCGGGCUCAAGAACCUCCGAUCGAUCGGGAGCUGAAACCUCAAGAUGUUCAGGAACAGCAAGAUAUUGCAGAUGCAACAUUAUCUGCUGAAAGUAUUCGAGAUUGGAAACCAAGCUGGUUGAAUGGUAAACCGGUUGGUAUACCAUCAAGUUUGAUCACCAUAGAUGGCCCGAAAUCUUCGGUGAUAGUACCAGAUCCUCGUUUGCCUGAAGGCUGGGAUAAACACCUACUCCGUAGGACUAAGGGUACUGAUGCUGCACGUAAAUGGGAUACUGUAAUAACCAGCCCGGAUAGUAAGAAAUUUAGAUCGAAAACUGAUGUAGUGAAAUAUUUGGCGAUCCAUCCAGAUGCAGGCGUUACCGAAGAUAUGUUCGAUUUCUCUCUGGUAUCAAAGAGAAAGAAAAAGAAUAAUAAUAAUGCUACCCCUGCUAAACCGCCUGAACCUGUGGUCCAGCCUGAAUUGCCUGUUCCUGAAGAACCACCUCAAGUUGAGGAAGAGAUAGUGAAAGAAGAAAACCCAAAUGCUUUGAAAAUUCUUUUCGAAGAUGAUGCUUAUAAAUGUCCGAUAGAAGGUUGUGGUAAAACUUUUAGGAGGGAAAAUUUGGCGCAGAUGCAUGUCAAGCAUUAUCACCCUGAGUAUACGAAGUUUUUGGAUUCUACACCGAAUGUGGCCGAUCUAGCCUACGCUCGAACUGUUGGUGAAAAUUUAGACAAGUCUCCAGGACCUACCAAACCGCCACCUCUGAAACCAGUCGCCAGAGGAACGCCGAAGACCUCAAAACAACCCAGCUCGCCGGUUUCCGAGAUUCAAGAACUCAAACCUGUAGGCAAACCGAAAACACCGGCUCCCCUGCCAAAAAACAAAGAUUCCGAAAUAAUCAAGCUGCUGAACUCUAAGCCCUUCGAAGAGGAAAAUCCGGAGCCUAUCCAACCGUUGCCUUCUGGUUUGCCCGUGGACAUGUAUCCCGACAUCAAGCUGAAGGAUCUUCUGACCAAGGCGGAAGGGGUGCCAAACAAAGAGGAUGUGAAUAUGAAGAGUCUUUGUGCUACAAGGCCCGCGUCUGGAAUCAAAACUUUGCUGCCCGUUCACAGACAUCCUAAUGUGGAAAAUUCUCCAGUGAAUACUGCUCCUAUGGAGGACAUCCCCAAACACGCGGGAAGACGUAAGCGCGGCUACACCGAAAACGUCGAAAUCGUCAAAGUGAAUCCUGCUCCUAUGGAGGAUACCCCCAAGCACCCGGGCAGACGUAAGCGCGGCUACACCGAAAACGUCGAGAUCGUCAAAGGUAAAGACCCCCACCACGUCCAACCACACCCAUCCUCACCCUCACCACUCCCACAAACCACGCCCACUCCGACACAGGACACCCCUCUUCCCGCUUCCGACCCUGUCCCUCCCCCUAACGACGUUAUCAUUGAAGGCGGCGAAGUGAUCAAGAUCGUUAGAAUGAAGCAGGAGGAGAUCAUCAACUGCACGUGCGGGUUCACCGAGGAAGAUGGAUUGAUGAUACAGUGCGAGUUGUGCCAGUGCUGGCAGCACGCAUACUGUAACAACAUUGAGAGGGAGAGUCAGGUUCCGGAUAAAUAUGUAUGCUACAUUUGUCAAAAUCCUCUGAGAGAACGGCUUUCCAGAAAAUUUUAUCACGAUCAAGAUUGGAUGAAACAAGGUGUUCUACCUGUGGGUAGUUAUCAUAUUAGAGAUAAUGAGGCAUUGCAGAAGAGAUUUGAAAAACUCAAGAAAUGUCACGAUAUGUCGGGCGGAUUGCAAGAGUUGCGAGAGUACUUGCACAAUUUGAGUGUAAAGAUGAAAAUUGCCGAAGCGAAAAAUCACCCCAAGCUGUAUUUGUGGUCGAAACCCUGGGCCAAGAAAUCGCUGCCCGAGAAAGCCAAACCCGAGGACCAUGAGCCCGCUCCGAAACUCGAAAGCGACGGAGACUACCUGAAGUCUGAGCUGAACAAAGAAGACUCUUCCAACGAGAACUCCAUGCUGAUGAUGAUCCUGAAGGCCGGCAAGGAGGUCAUGCCGAAGAUCGACCUUAACUCGCUGAUGGACACGAAUGGUCCGAUGAUUCCGCAACCGGAGGCGGCUAUUGAUUCCACCGAUUGUCGGUUGAAUCUUCUGGAGCACAUCAUCCACCAGGAGUCGCUGGUUGAGGAACGGCUGGACGAUUACGAGAAGCAAAUCGAGGCUCUGGAGGAGGGCAUGAACAUGGAGGUCGAUGAGGAUUAUCCGAGGACCAGGCAGACUCUGCAGAUGCUGAUGAGGGAUUUGGAUACUUUGAAGGAGUUUAGUCAUUGUACUAGUAUUUAGUUGAACCUGGUUGAGAUAUAUUUUUGUUAUGACGCUUAUUAAUUACGUGUUUUUUUAAAGAGCUUUAAUACGAAUUACAUUCAUGCAAUUUUUC